AUGCAAUUUGACAAUUUCUCUCUUGGAGUUAAAUUUGAUAUUAACUGAUAACAAUUUUGAAAUAUUUUUUGAAAUGUCUGAUUUCGAUGAGGAAGAAGGAGUCGACGAGCCCAUUUUGGAUGACGACGACGAUGAUAAUGGUAGUGGAGAAGAAAAAGUUCCAGAGAAUCCUCUCACAGAAGAAAUAUUGGCAGAAUCUUUAUCAUUGUUGUGCAAAACUGGAAACGGCCUAGCCCAUGCUUAUGUUCGUUUAGAUAUCCACGACAGAGAGAUCACUGACAUUAGUAUAUUAAACUGCUUUAUCCAUCUUCGAUAUAUAGACAUCAGUAGUAAUAUGUUGAAGGACAUUUCUUCUCUAAGCUCUUUAACGCAUCUCUUGACGUUAAAAGCUGAUAAAAAUCUUUUAGCAUCCGCUGGUUUAGACAAACUACCUUACUUGCAACAAGCCAACUUCGCCAAUAACAAGAUAGUGGAUACUAAAGGCAUUGCCCAUCCUUUGCUGGAAAAUCUGAAUCUUUCAUUCAACAACAUCUAUGAAAUAAGUGACUUUGAUUCAUCAGCAUUAUCACGUUUGACAACCCUGGAACUUCGCAAUAACCAACUGAUAUCUACACAGGGUAUUGGAAUGUUACCCAAUUUACAGAAAUUGUACUUGGCCGGUAACUCGAUAAAAUUUUUGGAAAAUCUUGAUCGUCUCGAACAUCUGACUUCAAUUCAUCUUCGCGAUAAUGAGAUUGAAAAACUUGACGGUUUUUCUUCUAACAUGAAACAUUUGCAGUAUUUAAACCUUAGAGGGAAUAUUAUCUCCGACAUAAAGGAAAUUGAAAAAUUGAAAUGUCUACCGUUACUGCGAGCUCUUGUCAUCAUGGAGAAUCACGCUGCAGAUGAAGAUGAUUACAGGAUUGAAGUAUUGAUUGCUUUACGUCGACUAGAGAGAUUAGAUAAAGAUGAAUAUACUGAUGAGGAAAGACAAGAAGCUGAGGAGAUUCACGAACAAAGACGGCGAAAUAAAUCGUUGGAGGAGAAUACAAUGGAAGUUAUUGCAGAUGAAGAUGAUUAGCCAUUUAAGAUGUUACCAACAAGAAUUAGAAAAUGACUGACUAUCGAUUUUGACAAAAGUUGAAGACAUUUUUUAAAAUUGUUCUUACUAAAUAAGUGUUAAGUAAAAUUUUUCCAUUCAUAGAUUAAAAAAAUACCCAAGCAUUGUUAUCAACAAAA